AUGGAUUUCACCAAGAACAUUGCCAAUUUUGGCAAGAACAUCUCAACGAGCUUUACUCCCUUUGCUGCUCGUACUCAGCAGUUCGUUCGGGAGCAGCUCACCCAGGUCGAGGAUAAGGUCUCCACCCCCUCUCCCGCUCCCAGUGCUAGUAAGAGUGCUAGCACUGAUGGCCCAGCCGAUGCUCCCGUCGAUGAUGCCACUGCUGCUGCCUCUCCUGAUACCACCAACCCCACUUCCUCUUCUUCUUCCCCUGACUCUGAUGAUACUGCUGUCCCUAUACCCGAUGCUUCUGCUGCUUCCCCACCAUCAUCAUCUGCCCCCGGCGUUGCAGCUACCGCUGCCUCCGUCUCCACUGCUGCUGUCAAUGCUACUGCCAAUGCUACUGCUUCUGCGGCUGCUACUGCCAGGCGUCUCGCAGAGCUACUCAACGAGACAGCUUUGGUAUUUAUGAUCCGCAGGAAGCUGACUGAGACCAAGACUCAACUACCGCCGGACUACCUCGAGCUCGAGAAACGUGUCGAUGCCUUGAGACUUGUCCAUCAGCAACUCUUGGCUGUAACUUCUCAAUUUUCUAACGAGUCCUAUGAUUACCCUCCAAACUACCGCGAGUCCUUUGUCGAUCUUUCCCGCACAAUCACCGAGAAGGUCCAGCUUCUCUCCGCUGCAAACACUGCUACUGAGGCCCAGAACAUCUUGACAAAGCCCGGUACAAAAUCCGCCCCAAAGACCUUCGCCCACGCCAUCGCCCGGGCCUCACUCAAUUCUGCGCAUGCGCUUGACUCGUCUGAACCCCUUGCGACCGCCCUCGAGAAAUACGCUCUCGCAUCUGAGCAGGUCGGCGAAGCCCGUCUCCAACAAGAUGCCCAGAUUCAGUCUCGUUUCAACGCGGCAUUCACAACCACAUUGAAUACGAACAUUAUGUUCGCACAAAAAGCGCGUAAAAAUGUGGAGAAUGCUCGCCUGUCUCUCGAUGCAGCUAAAUCUAAGGCCAAGAGCGGUGGUGGGAUCGGGUUCCCUAACCUUGGCGGUGCCAGACAACAAGACCCCCAUCACGAGGAGCACCUGACCGAGGAGCAAAGAGUUGAGGUUGAGACAGCCGAGGAUGAGUUUGUCGGCUGCACAGAGGAGGCUGUUGGCGUGAUGAAGAACGUCCUCGACACCCCCGAACCUUUGAGAAACCUUGCGGACUUGGUUCAGGCCCAGUUGGAGUUCCACAAGAAAGCUUUUGAGAUUUACUCUGAGCUUGCACCAUUGAUUGAGGGGCUACAAGUCGAACAGGAGGCAAGCUACAGGAAAAACAGAGAAGGCGGGGCGUAA